UUUCAUGUACCCACCCCCCCCACACACAGAGAGAGGGAAAAACGAUAUGACCAAUGGGAAUGAAACCUUCCUCAAAACCACUCCCCCCACCGCCAUUUGUUUCUUAAUAAUUCUUCUCAGUUUUCUUUCACAAAUUAAACAUGCAUCUUUGAUAUAAAGUAGAAUUUGAAUUCUGUAAUUUUCCAUCUCCAUAACGAAGAUUCACUUUACGUAAACUGCACCGCGGCCAUUAUUUUUCAUUCCGGAGGAAUUUAAGACUAGUGAGAGAGGUGAAAUGGCGAUAGAGGAUAACGAGAGUUGUGGGAGUAGAGUGGUGGAUUCGGCGACUACCAGUGGUCGUCAUCAGAGAAAAAAAUUGGAGGUCUACAAUGAGGUUUUACGGAGGCUUAAGGAAUCAAACAACGUCGAGGCUUUAGAACCUGGAUUUGACGAUGAACUUUGGGCUCACUUCAAUCGUCUACCUACUCGGUACGCAAUAGAUGUGAAUGUCGAAAGGGCAGAAGAUGUACUCACACACAAGCGAUUGCUACAUCUUGCACAUGUUCCAGCUAAUAGACCUGCCUUUGAUGUCCGGUUGGUGCAGGUUGCUUCGGUUCCUGAUGGAAACUUAAGAGAUUCUUUUCAUUCGAGCUUUGCAAAGAAGGAAGUUAGCAGAAGUGUCCAUCCUCCACCUGCCUUUGGUUCUUCUCCUAAUCUCGAAGCCCUUGCUUGUGAAGCAAUCAAAUCUGAAGUUCAAGACGAAGAUACUGCUGCUCCUUGUGCAAAUUUUUCGCGGCCCAUGCAUGAAAUUACAUUUUCAACAGAUGACAAGCCAAAGCUUCUUAGCCAGUUAACUUCAUUACUAGCUGAGCUUGGGCUGAACAUCCAGGAAGCGCAUGCCUUUUCCACUGUGGAUGGCUACUCCCUAGAUGUCUUUGUUGUUGAUGGUUGGCCCUAUGAGGAAGUUGUGCGACUUCGAACUGCAUUGGAGAGGGAAAUCUUGAGAAAUGAGAAAUCAUGGCCAAGCCCGUCACAAUCGUUCAUAAAGCAGGAGCAAGACUUGAUCAAACGUGAAUUUGACCAUUUGACAAUACCUUUUGAUGGCAUUGACGUCUGGGAAAUUGAUCAUCAGCUUUUAAAAUUUGAAUACAAGAUUGCAUCUGGUUCAUAUGGUGACUUAUACAAAGGUACAUACUGCAGUCAGGAUGUAGCUAUCAAAAUCCUAAAAUCUGAGCGCUUGAACACAGAAUUGCAGACGGAGUUUGCCCAAGAAGUGUAUAUCAUGAGAAAAGUUCGUCACAAAAAUGUUGUCCAAUUCAUAGGGGCUUGUACCAGGCCUCCCAACUUGUGUAUAGUAACAGAGUACAUGUCUGGGGGAAGCGUAUAUGACUAUUUACACAAACGAAAGGGCAGUUUUAAACUACCUACCCUGCUUAAAGUAGCGAUUGAUGUAGCUAAAGGGAUGAACUACCUGCAUCAAAAUAAUAUUAUACAUAGGGACUUGAAGGCUGCCAAUCUACUGAUGGAUGAAAAUGAAGUCAUUAAAGUGGCUGAUUUUGGUGUUGCCAGAGUGAAGGCACAAACAGGUGUAAUGACGGCAGAAACCGGGACUUAUAGAUGGAUGGCCCCGGAGGUAAUAGAACACAAGCCCUACGAUCACAAAGCAGAUGUAUUCAGUUUUGGGGUUGUGCUAUGGGAGUUGCUGACAGGGAAGCUUCCAUAUGAGUACUUGACCCCAUUGCAAGCUGCUAUUGGAGUGGUCCAGAAGGGUUUGCGACCAACUAUACCCAAGCACACUCCUCCCAGACUUGCUGAGCUGCUAGAGACAUGCUGGCAACAAGACCCGACAUCCAGGCCUGACUUUUCUGAAAUAGUAGAUAUUUUGCAGCAAAUAGCAAAAGAGGUUGGAGAUGAAAGAGCAGAUCGUUGCAAGGAGAAGUCAGCUGGAGGAUUCUUUUCAGCCCUUAGACGUGGACAUCAUUGAGUAGAUGCACACAUACAGAAUGUUGAUAAAGUUUUGAUUUUUAGCCUCAUUUAUCCAGACUGUACAGUUUUUUUCCAGAUCAAUGUUCCCAUGGUCAAAAGGAAGUUAUUAUUUCCAAUUCUUUGAACAAAUUCCUUUUAUAAGCAACUUUCUUUUGGCAGCUCCGUCAGAAGCUUUCGGAGUUGGAUCAAAUUAGAUUAAUAUAAUUUUGCGACUACUCCAUCAACAUCAA